AGCUAGUUCAUUCACAAGAAAAAUCACAAACAAGAUGGCUCCAACAGUUGUGACAUCCUCAAGAGUGGAGAUCUUAGCCGGAAGUGGAAUCCAAUCGAUUCCAAAAGAGUACAUUCGUCCUAAGGAAGAGUUAACCAACAUGGGAGAUGUAUUCGAGGAGGAGAAAAAAGAAGGUGGUCCACAACUACCAACUAUUGAUGUCUCCGACAUCUCCUCCUCUGAUCCUGAAGUUCAGAGGAGGAGUCGGGAGGCAUUAAAGAAGGCGGCGACCGAGUGGGGUGUCAUGCACCUCGUGAACCAUGGAAUAUCCGAGGAGUUGAUGAAUAGGGUUAGGGUUUCCGGAGAUGAAUUCUUUAAACUUUCCGUGGAGGAAAAGGAAAAGUAUGCUAAUGAUUAUGAUUCCGGGAAUAUUCAAGGGUAUGGAAGUAAAUUGGCAAAUAAUGUUAGUGGCCAACUCGAAUGGGAAGAUUAUUUCUUUCACCUUAUUUUCCCCGAAGAGAAACGUGACAUGUCUAUUUGGCCAAAGAACCCUACUGAUUAUAUCCCCGCGACAAGCGAAUAUUCAAAGGAACUUCGUCUCCUUACGUCAAGGAUAUUAUCGGCAUUAUCAUGGGGGUUAGGACUAGAAGAAGAAAGGUUGGAAAAAGAAGUAGGAGGAAUGGAGGAACUUCACUUGCAAAUGAAAAUCAACUAUUACCCAAUUUGUCCUCAACCCGAGCUAGCCUUAGGUGUGGAACCCCACACCGACGUGUCGGCUCUAACAUUCAUCCUCCACAAUAUGGUCCCGGGUCUCCAACUCUUCUACGAGGAUAAAUGGGUGACUGCCAAAUGUGUCCCGAAUUCCAUAAUCAUGCAUAUUGGUGAUACCGUAGAAAUCUUGAGCAAUGGGAAGUACAAAAGUAUACUUCAUAGAGGAGUUGUGAACAAAGAAAAAGUGAGGAUAUCUUGGGCGGUAUUUUGCGAGCCACCGAAGGAGAAGAUCAUAUUGAAGCCACUACCCGAGACCGUGUCUGAGACCGAACCUGCGAAUUACCCACCUCGCACGUUUUCUCAGCAUAUCGAACACAAGUUGUUCAGGAAGACCAAGGAACUUGGAACCCCAAAAUAAACAAAGGACUUGGUAAGGGAAUGUUUUGUACUUUAUUGUUGUUUAUUUAAUGGUAUUUUUAAAUCUCUAUAUUAUGCAAGUUUGUUAUUUUCGUUUGUUAUUUCAUAAGGACAUGAUGAAAAUCCUUUAUUUAAUAAAAGUUAUGCAUGUGUUGGUUAA